CGCUCCGGCGGAGGCACCGUUUGCCGGCUGCGGGAAGCUGGUUUUGCUCCGGAAACGCGGCUGGUGCACGCGUACUGCCGACAGCUGGGGAAAGGCUGUACGCAGAACGGCGUGGGAUGGAAGGCACCUUAAAGCUCAUCCAGCUCCAACCGUCUGCCACGGGCAGGGUUGCCGCCCACGAGAUCGGGUUGCCCAGGAUCCCGUCCAGCCUGGCUUUGAGGGCCUCCGGGGAUGGGGCACCACCGCCUCUGUGCAGCUUUGCCGCUGCCUCACUGCCCUGAGUAAAAAUACUCCUACUAAUGUCCAUCCUAAAUUCCCCCUCUCUUAGCUUAAAGCCAUUGCCUCUUCCCUAGCUUUACCUCUUCUUGAAGCAAAGGUAGGAAACAACGGUCUUGUACUUCUCAGCUUUUCAUCUGGCUUUUUAAUGUCUUCAAAGCCACGGUGAGGGCUCGGAUACACUAAUUCACAUCUUCCGGUGUCAGAUCACUGCUUUGGUGUUUCGAAAAAGCUAAGGCAACAACAACAGAGACAAAAAAGCCCUUUUCAUGCAUAAAGCAUUUCAACUAUUUGCCCUAUCAAGUGAAGUCGUGUGAAGCGUUUCCUGAUGUGCUUCACAAGAGUAUUUGACCUUGUCAGGUCUUGCAUUAGAAGUUAACCUUCAACUGGAUAAUGAUUCUUGAGAUUAUCAUAUCUUUUUACCAUCCCCAAACUCUUCGUGUGAGGAGGGGCAGGAGAUAUGUAAGUGGCAUUUGACAUAAAGUAACAAAAACAAAACAUAACAAAACAACCAGCAGUGACAACUUUUCCUGCAGUUUUUUUCUUCUCCCCCAGCGUCUGAAUUUCUUGGGUCACUUUUAAUUUAAUGUUCCUGCCACAUUUUCAGUAGAGAUGCACAUCGUAUCUCUACUGCAAUUUGAAGAAGCUGCCUCCCAGAAAAUCAGGACCACUAUUCAAGAUGCCCACUAUUUCUUCUUAUGCCCUCCUAUCUGUUCAUUGAUAUGAAUAAUGUCGAAUGUGUGCCUAUGUAUGAUUUCCUGUUGCUUUUUGUAGAGAACCUUUCCCUCUGCUGACAGCAGCCGUAGUGAGCAGCAGGAUGAGGUUUGUCACAAGGGGGUGUCCCAUGAGCCUGUUGCACGGGGUGUGUGAUCUGUAAGCUGGAACACAUAUCAGCCUUUCCUUAAGUGCCUGCAUAUUUAUGCAUGUUCAUAUACUUAGAUUUCCCCUAUUAAUGGUAGAUGAUUUACAGGAGCACAGAGAAGAGAUGGCUUCCCAGCAGGCUGUUUAUGAGCUGCGUGACCUUGGUUUUUUAAGGGUUGUAUAUUUCCCUUGAACAGCAAAGGUUUCCACUACUUUCAAUGGCAGUUCAGCAUGUGAGUCAAGGUGAGAUACAGUUGCAAGCAGGCUGCACAAGAGAGAAUUUCCAGGUUAUCCUCAGGCACACUUUGUAGCAGUAGAGGGGAAAAAUACUUUCUCUUGACAUGGGUGGUGCCAAACAUCUGAACUCGUCAUCAAUCUGUCCAAGCCUCAUAGGAAAAAAAAAAAAAAAAGGUAUCAUAAACUGGCAAUUAUGAGUGAGGGGCUGUCUCACAAAUGCUCUGGGGAGACAACCCAGUCAGGCAGGGAAGCAGGUUUGACAUAGAACACAGUGAGCCUUGAAAGGGAGACUACCAGAGUGAGGAAGGUCACCUGAAGAACCAGGGGGCAGUACUGGGAGAGAAGGAAACUCCACCACCUCUGCAGCUUUGCUCCCUGCAGAUUUUAACUCUGCAAUACAAACUGUACUGACCCCAGUCAAAUACCUCCUGUGCGGCCAAGUGGUGAGAAGGGCAAACACAAAUGACGUGAAUUCAAGUUUCCUGUUGCUGCAAGGGCAGCAGCCAGCUGGGGAAUCUUCCAGUCAGUUCCAGUCACUCCUGCCAGCCACACAUACACACAGCCCCCGCUCAGUCAUAACAAGGACAUCUUUAUGGGAUGAUUUCUGGUCAUCCUCUUCCGCAAGCACCAAGCUUUCACUGAAUAGUUUCCACGGAAGAGCAAUUCUGCUGACUCAGAGCCAAAAAACAGAGCUGCUGGGAGACCUUACCAGCUCCUCGGGGUAUGAUAUUGAAUGCCCUCUAUUUAGCAAACCAUUCAGCAUUUGGCCCACACAAACCGCAAAUGAUUACCUGAAGGCAAUAAAAGCAUCUUACCUCCCUUCAUGCAACAAGACUGUUACAUUAAAAGCCUGUUCAAUUUCAAACAUAGUGAUUAACUUCUGUUGGCCCAGUCACCGAGCUCAAAGAUACUAUCUGCUCCAGGUACUCUUUCCAAUCCAUGAAGGACCCAACAGUAGCCAUUGCUCCAAACAAAAAAAGCACCUUGGACUUGCACAGAAGAACUGUCACGUUAUCUAAAAUCAGAGCAACACCAAGUACCCUCUGAAGACAGAACUUUAUCAAAACCCCAAACUUUGCACACUCUAAAUUGUACUUAGCUGAAAUGGUCUUUUAAAAACAAACAAACCAAAACUGAAAGCUUAAGGGUUCCACUUCUGACUAAGGGUACUUUCUGACGCUGAUCUGUUUGCAAAAACCUUCUCUUCCGGAUACUGCUAAAGAGCAGGAGGCAGCGAAGCUUCAGCAGCAGUGCCUCAGUUUUACAGUUAAACACUCUUCAGGUUUUCCUGAGGGAUCAGGGACUGCUUGCCAAUACCCUCCCCAUAAAAACUAUUCCUUCUCUACAGCUGUUGUGUCUAUGUCUCUUGGACAGCCCAAGUUCCUUUCUUUAGCUGCUGAUCUGGAACAAUUCCCACUGAUUGGCCGCAAAAGCUUGCUUGAUGCUGGCAUGGGGGUAAGAUGGGAACAGGUAGAACACUACUACACAAGAACAAAUACAGCAAAUACCAUCCUUCCAGCUGGACUUUAUAAAAGCUAUUGUUCUGCUGCCCCAUUUCAACUAUUUAAAUGCACUGCACUCAUGCUCCUUUGGAAAACUGCAGUAUUAUGUUUCUGUGCCACCUCCUUCUCUAUUCUUUUAUUCCUUCAAUUAAAAAAAUAAAAUAAAAUCAGAUUGCAAGCAGUCAUGCUCUGAAGCUGAAGGUGUUCCCAGCACCUUUUAUUUUCCUGAGUCAGCCCCAAAUAGAGGUCUCUAGGGAUCUAGUCCCCUUAAUUUAUUUGAUUCCCAGAUUUAAUACAUAGUGCUGCUUCACCCUGGUAUAAGUCAUUCUGUUCUUUGUACUUCUAAAUUACUGCCCCAUCAAUCUCCUUCCUCCUACCUACUGUGCUACAUCCUCAGUGCUUGUUCCUGAGACUCCCAGCAUUUGUGUAGAAGAACAUGAAUAAUUCUGCUGCGUUUUUCUUUUCCUCCUUCUCCCACAGCAAUACCAGAGUUGUGCAACAGUGUCACUGCACAUGAUGUCAACCAGCCUCCUGGUACCCCUGAGAUUAUCCAGAUAAGAUAUAGAAAAUAGUUAGUUUCAAGGUCUUUAGUCCACAUUUUUAUUUCUCUACUUCACAGCCAAUAGUGCUCCUGUAAGACCUCUCACAACUUGUCCAGAAAAAAAAAUUAAAAAGACCUCUGUUGUGAUUGUAAAUAUUUGAAAUAUUUGGGCACAAAGCAUAGCUAUGUAGGUGUUAAGUACAUUGCAUGCACCAGACUGUACAUGUGACCAGGCAUCCUGGGCAAGAAUAGGAGCACUGCUUCUCCCUGUCAGAUGAGGAUGUGCUGUGUCAGGCUCACCACAUGGGAAAGGUGCCUCAGCAAGAAAAUGUCAGACAAGGAGCUGUCUCAAGCUCAUGAGCUGCUGCAAGUUAAGUCAUUUGGCUUUGAAGAAACCAGCUGUGCUGCUUGCACUCCCUUGCCUUACCGUGAUGUUGUCUUUGAAGGAUGGGAGCACCCCCAAAAUACCAACCAGGCAACUCCUGCUCCUACCUCAAAUGCAGUGCCUAAAGCCAUCCCAGUCUUUCCUUGGUAAAAUGAGGCUGGCCAGACUUGUUAACAUCACACCGCCCCAUCUCAAAGCUUUCCUUUUCAAAGGAGGAGCCGUGUACUCGCGGGUUCAUUGAUUCUCAGCCCAGCAGGAAUGUUUGCUCAGGCACGGACAAGCCACACCCCUGAUGACUGUAACAGGCAGAGCUCUCUCUGUUUUGAUAGUCUAUCAGCUGGGUUUAUCGAGGUAUAUAAACAAAAACUCCCCUUUACAGAACUUCCCCCACUUCUGGCCAGCUGUCCCUGCAGAACAUGCGGGGGCUGUGUCUGAGCUGAGCUCACCUGUUAUUUCGAGAAAUUCUAAUAGCAGGUUUUAAGCUACUUAUUUACUUUUUUGGUCUGUGCAGGAAGUCUGAGCUUAAAAAAAAGAUAGAAGUAUAAUUACCCUGGCACGCCUGCAUUCCUGCUCCGGGCUCAGGAGGGAAGGGAGUCUUUCUUGUCAGUACAGGCACGUUCAAGCCAGGAAGAGAACCGGAUCCCGGGAGAUCAUUGCCACCAACGUGUGUAACUGAAACCCACAGCCAUGCUGAAGCAGAUAUUAUCGGAGAUGUACAUUGAUCCUGACCUGCUAGCAGAACUCAGCGAGGAGCAGAAGCAGAUCCUCUUCUACAAGAUGAGGCAGGAGCAGAUCAGACGGUGGAAAGAAAGAGAAGCUGCUGCAGACAAGGUUUCAGGAAAGAAGCCACUGCCAAAAAAAGCCAGCACGAAGUCUGUACAAUGGAAGCUAGGUGCUGACAACGAUGUCUGGGUGUGGGUGAUGGGUGAGCAUCCUUCAGAUAAAUCGUAUGCAGCCAUCUGUGAAGAGAUCCAGGCACAAAGGGCAAAGCGGUUAGCAAAUGAACAAGGCAAGGAGACCAGAGAGACAGACCGUGCUGUAACACACUCUCUGCAACCCCAGCCAGAAGUCCUGUGUGAGACAGAAGUUCAGGGAAACAAUAAAAACACUGUAGAGGAACAGAAAGAAGAGGCAAGAAAAAACACUGCCGGUACAAUUGGGAAAAGCCAGGAGCUCAAAAAGAGGGAAGCCCGGGAUGUUCACCAGAUGCUGGCAGACUGCCAGAUGAGGAAGGGUGGCUUCUCACAGAUGAAGGGAGGACACAGAAGAAACUCAGAAGAGACUACAGUCCCGCUGAAGGCAAUACCACAAAGCCACAAAUGCUCAGAGAAUCAGAAGGUGUUGCAGAAAUCUGAUGAGAAUGAGCCUGAAUGGCAAGAAUCCUUGCGGAAAUCCAAGGCAGCAGAUGAGAAGAGACGCUCUCUUGCACGGCAGGCCAGAGACGACUACAGAAGGCUUUCUCUGCAGGGAGCCCGUAGAGGGAAGCAGGCAGACAUAUCCAAGAAUGCCACAGCAGGAGAUCGGCGACCACUCCAAUAUCCUCCUCUCCCACCCAAACCUAAACUUCCACCUCCUGUGAUGGCGAAUGGCGGAGCAGUUAGGAAAGAGGCAAUCCAGAGGACAAUCUCUAAUUCAGCUGAAGAAAGCAUCAUCAAGUGGUUCAAAGAGGAGCAAUUCCCCCUUCGAGCUGGUUAUCAGAAAACCACAGACACGAUAGCACCUUGGUUUCAUGGUAUCCUAACCUCUAGGAAAGCAGAGGAGCUUCUGAGUAAAACAGUGCCAGGGAGUUUUUUGGUCCGUGUCAGUGAGAAAAUCAAAGGUUACGCGCUUUCCUAUCGGUCCGCAGAGGGAUGUAAACACUUCCUUAUUGAUGCCUCCAGUGAUUCCUACAGCUUCCUUGGAGUGGACCAGCUACAACAUUCAACACUGGCUGACCUUGUUGACUACCACAAGGAUGAACCCAUCACUUCUAUGGGAAAGGAGCUGUUGCUUUACCCAUGUGGUCAAGAGGACCAUGAACCAGAUUACAUCUCUCUCUUUGAGUGAAACUCCCAGUCUCAUUAUGUAGCCCCGAACUGUUUUCACCAAGACUGGACUUCAAACUGGAAGCGGCUGAUGCUUACCUGAAACUUGCCAUAAGUGCCUCUAUUUCAAAUCCUUCACAACAAAGCAGUGGGAGAAUAAGUGCUGUCACAGGCUUAUUGUUUCAACAGUUAAAAGAUGCAUCAGCCCAGCAAGCUACUAAACACCCAGAUACAUCAUGCAUGUGGAUUAGAUGAUGAAGUAUCAGUUGAACAGAGACGGAUUAGACGAUGAAGUAUCAGUUGAACAGAGAUUUUUGCAGAUUUCCUCAGGGAUAUCUAUGUUCAAGUUGCAUUUUGCUCUUGAAUGCAAGGUUGCCUGCUGUCUGGGAAACAGAUUGGUACCUAAAAUUGAAUGAGACCAUAGCUUCCUGAAGGCACCAAAGAACUUGGAGAAGUGAAUCAGUCUCGAUAGUAAUUUGUUUAAGAAACUUCACAGAAACAAUUCUGUAAAAUGCUGUGCCCUUGGAAUCAAGGAUGUUCAAGUAAAACAUCCAAGCACACCCUUGGUGCCUUUCAGUGAAAUGUGAUCUCUGUGAAUGUGAAGAGGGUUUUUUUUAUGAACAAUACAUUUUAAAAAUUCCUUUAGCCUCUGAAAAUAGACUAUGAAUAUAGUUUUCUAACCUGUAUCUAAAUCCCACACUGGCCUUUCUGCCUAGAGGGUGAUUAACCUUUUGCAAGGGAGUGGAGAAGGGAUGCAGGAAUUUGUUAGGAAGAACUGCAUUCACAGAGCCUAAAUAAUGUAAGAAAUAGGGCCUGUAUCAGUAUUAGUACAGUUUACGGAAGAGUUUGCCAGUAAAUAAUGCUGUUUUUCAGAACAGAGCUAUUUAUUACAAGUUGUGUCCAAAUUAUUGGGAUGCAGAUCCUGUGAACCAUAUAACAGAACUUUUUCUUUCAACAAAAUGUUCUCUUUGUAUCUGUUACACUGCUCUAAAAACACACAAUUCAGAAUAUCGAGGAAGAAGCUGAACAGAAUCACAUAAAUUUAUCUUCACCCAGAUUGCUUCAAUUUGAAUUGUUUCACAGGAGAAAAUGCACAACUUGGGAGUGUUGUGCAAGACUGCUAACACGAUCACUUGUUAGAGAUGUGACUGUCAAAGAGUAAGCAAGUACUCACUUGUUUACCUGUUCCCCUCCUUCAACUGGAUCAGGGAUACCCUGCUUAACAGAAGAAGUCAAAAUCUUCAGUCUUAAAUUGAACAGCAUUUUGCAGAACAUAGAUUAGAAGAAAUUCUUAUAAUCACCUGGUCUUAAAAUUUACAAUCAUGCUGAUCAGUGGUUUCCAGAGAGCAUAACCUGCAAUCCAGCUGCAGCAGUUUUAAUACGUAGAGAUAAAAGCCUUAAUAUAAAUGCGGAUUCUGAAAGUUUAGAUUCUGAAAGUAACAACAGUAAUGGGACAAAAGAUUUAAGGAACUUCUUGGGCAUUAUAUCACAUCUAUGAAAUAGAUAUUUUCAACAUAGUCAACAUCAAUCAUGAGAAAGGACACUAAGUGGUCUGUGGGGAAAAAAAGCUAUCCUUCCCUUUUCUGAACUGCUUAUUCUGAGAAAUUAUAAGUCAGAGAUUUCACAGCACUAGAGAAUACCUUCUCAUGUUCUCAGGUGAAGAGUACAGCAUAGCAAUUGUCCUGCUGGAGACAAAUCAUACAGUAUUUUGUGUAAGUAUGGGCUAGUAAAAAUCAGACAAAGUCUCCAUUAAAAAGGUAGAGCAUGAGAGCUCUCAGAGAGAGAAAGCCUGAGAAACAGGCUGUUAACUUGCAGAAUUAAUGUGCAGGUUGAUUUGCCAUUGACACAGCAGGACCUCACACACAUGACCAACUGUGUCUCUAAGAUCCAUAAUGGGCCUCUUCAGUGUUUGGACUGCUGACUAGUGGAUACCUUUGUGUUAUAACUACCUAUUUGCAAGUUACCCUUAAAAUGAGCGGAGCAAGGAAGAAUCAGAAAUGCUGGUUUUACUCACAUCGUGGACUUUCUCUACAGACUUUCUUCUUCAGUGGAUGCUGUGCAAGUAUUACAAGGGUAAUAACAUUUGUAAACUACUUGCUGAAACAAUUAUGACAGCUGAAAGGACAUGCCAAUUUGUUUAGUCAAAGGCCUUCAUUCCUUUAGCCAGAACACGCAAAAGUCCUCAAAAAGUAAACCCAGAAAUCCCGAGGUGACCUCUCCAAAUAUGAAUAGUGACCUGUAUUCUCUCCCCAGCUAAGAUCCUGUUAAAUCUGCCAUUCUGAGAAAGAUCACAAGCUGGCUGUUUCUAGGGCAAGGAAGGUAGAGAGCUGCCUACCAAAAGCUACACUUAUGUUGGAUGUUCAUAUAACUGCCAUGAAAGACCUCCACUUGUCUAUGGAAGCGUAGGUAAUAACAGCUUCCCUUUCUCUUUUUUCCUUAUCAGUACAGACUCCAUGCUUAAGCGAGGCCUACCAGACUUCUGCUGGGAUUAGAUUUUCCUCUGAAUCUCACUGGGGUGGGCAAUGACUGUGGGCUGGUGCUCUCAUCACUGAUUCAAUCCCACCUUUUGCCAAACUAGGUUCUGCAGCCAAGAGACAGAAAGUGCAUAAACAAUAUUACUCCUGGCAUCCCUAUGGGAAAAGACAUGCAAGAAAAAUCACAAGAGAUCUCAAAAAAAAAAAA